AUGAGCGCGACAUCAAGUCUUGCUCAGCCCAGCCAGAAGAUGCCGGCAAAAAAGCGUGCUCACAAUGUAAUUGAGAAAAGAUAUCGGGCCAACCUCAACGAAAAAAUCGCCGAGCUGCGUGAUAGCGUGCCUAGUCUGCGAGCGUUGAAGAAUCCGGCGGGCGACUCAAAUGAAGAUGAAGAAGAUGCCGAUGGCACCACCCCUGCCAGCAAGCUAAAUAAAGCAUCAAUCCUGUCGAAAGCGACCGAAUACAUCAAGCACCUGGAACUCAGGAAUCGACGCUUAGAAGAUGAAAAUACGGCUCUCAAGAAUCGGCUUCGCGAAUCAGAUAAAGCGGCCAACCAGGCAGUCACGUCAGGGGCUUCAGUCUCAUCACCAAGCAACUACACAGCGUCAAGUGAUCCGAGCACAUCGCCAAGCGUGUUCUCCAACCCCGAAGAGAGCAACGAGAGUGUUGCCUCAACGUCGCACCCCCCCGAGGGACUCAUCAAAGUACCGGACGCGUUCAAGCGUCUGCGUGAAGAGGGUGCAAAAAGUGGAGGUAUUUUCUCGCAAUCAUACAUGCAGUCGGCCUCCCGGUCGACGGACCGCUCUCAAGACGGGGGAUCACGUCGAAAUGCCAGAAUGCCGAAUAAGUAUAUGCUCGGCGCACUAGCUGGUCUGAUGGUCCUGGAAGGCUUCGGAUCCGAUAAGUCGGAGACUGAGCAAAAAGGCUUGUUUUCAAUCCCCCUCAAUCUUCUGACUUGCUUGCAUCUUCCUCACAACGCGUACGUCGAGUAUUACAUGAAGAGUUUAUGGUCCUCUUGGCAGACUCGCGCCUUUUUCCACGUGCUCUCGUUGGCCGGUCUUAUUGUGGGCAGUGCUUUCGUUGUCUUUGUGUAUUUAUUUAAUGCCCAACCCGUCACUCAACGUGGGCCAGGUAAGACUGCAGCUGAGAGUCAGCAUGCGCCGUUCUCAUCGAGUGACUUCCGCCGCCAGGCGUGGCUCACAAGCAUGCAGCGGGUCGGUGUUCCUCGCCACAGAUUCUUCCGGGAAUGGUACGUUGUGACAUCGCGAUGUUUUGAGUAUGUUCUUCGCUGUCUGAUGGGUUGGAAAUUGUACUCCUGGGCUACCGGCAUCACAGAAGAGGACGAAAGGGGCCGCGUCAAAACCUGGGACAUUGCCAUCGAUGCGCAGCUCACGGGAGGCGAUGUUGAAAUCAGCAAAAGCCGUCUUGUCUUGACCAUUUUUGCCGCUGGGACUUUGCCACGAAGCCCCAUGCGAAUGAUGCUCAAAGCCCUUCAUGUUCGCAUUCUGCUGUGGCGUGUUGGCCAGUCGGGCUCAUGGACGUGUCGAGUGUCAAAUGAUGUGGCACGUGCGCUGGCCAAAUAUCAGUGGGCGGUUGCCCGAGAGCUCAACGAUGCUCUACCCCGCUGGCCAUCCGGAUCAGUUACCAGGCCUACGCAAGAGGGCGCAACCGAUGACGAAGUACUGCUUGAUGUGGUGGAAGAAGACCCUGCUAUUCAAUGCUCUGUCGAUGCUCUUGCAGCGUGGUGGUCGAGCCAUUUGCUACAGAAUGCUCUUCUUAACUAUCUAGAGGCUAGUGAAGGAUCUUCAACUUCCAAGAAAAGCCGCGACAUCUUCAAAGAGAAGAUUCGCAUGGCUCUUGACGUGGCACCCCGAUUGUCCGCCGCGUAUACCCGCGCCCUUGUCAUGAAGGCAGUUUUCUUCGACAAAGAUCGAGUUGAGAACGUCGGCGCUGUACUUGCUGCUCUGCCUCGGGAGAGAUUGGAGUCCGAAAAGAGCCACGCUGCCAACUUUGUCGAUUCUUCACUUCCAAUCUCUGUUCGAGACGAAAUCUCUCUUGCUGUUCGUUGCGCCAUGAUCUUGGCGGUUGUGACGCCUCGUGAGCAAGGCGAAACGCCCCUUCCUGAACCAUUCACUGUUCAAAAAGCGAUUAAUUGGUUCAACACGCUGCCUGUUGAUCCCGUUGACCUGAGCCUGCUUGGGUUUUCUGCCGUCUAUCAUCUUUCGCAUUUUGUGGCUUCUGGUGUGGACUAUAUUGCCUCGUCGGAAUCCUCGGCGGCCGCAUCGUCCGUGUCCGAAGCUGAUUCCCCCGCCGAAGACCAGAAGAGGGACAGGCCGUUGUCAUUUAAACGGAAAGCCGCUGUCAAGCCAGCGGAACUCCCAAAUCUGGGCCGCGUGGCUGCUAAGCUUAUUUACUGGGCUCGAAACGCCUACAAUCCCGCAUUUUACGGCUUCUCAUCCAACCUCGUUGAAAUUAUCGUCAAAUCUUGCACGGAAAUCUGCUCCGGGGCUGGCAUUGACGUGGAGGACUACCUGCAGGCUAUUUCCGAGCCGGUGCCCGUUCGGAAGCGUCGACACCGGCGUCGUCGCCGAGAAUCUCAGCAGGUUGUUGAACCCGAACCGAUUCCAGACGUGACGGGGGCAUUACCCGGGAAGUCUUCACAACGGGAAAGAUCUUCGAGUAACGACACGGGCUAUGGCAGCCUAAGUCCAGGGGAAGAAGUGAAGGUCAAUUCAGCCACGAGCUGA